CUACCUCUAUGACCCCGAGCACGCGCACCAGAGACAAUUCGGUCUGACUCGGUAAUUUGUAUGUGUUGUAAACUUGAAACACCCCGGGUGCAUUGAGCUUAUCGCCAAUCAUUUUACCACAGAUUAAUCUUGCACGCCGGCCCCGGGUUCCAUUCGUCGAAUAUUGGAAAUGAGAAAUCCUGGCCACGUUCCGCCAACCUGUCUGCACAUGACGCAGAGAGGGGACUACUUAAAGGCGGAUUAACGCUGGCAAGACAUUAAAUCCAACCUCCCUGCAUCCAAACACAGCGCGCGACUCAUCAGUCUGAUCUUAAGAUCGACAAUAGGAGGGUUUAUUGUAAUCAGCCUUUCGGACUCCCCAAGACAACGAGAAAGUGACAGCGUCACGCGAGCGCUCGGGCAAACGCACAGAACCCUAUUCGCACGACGCGCGAGAGAGGAGGGCAGGACAGCUGCGGGCUCAUGAUCAAUGCAUUUGUCAGUUAACCUCCGAGCCUCUGGAGAGUGACAACGACCAAAAACCCAAGGAAAUAUUUUCCACAUAUUCGGCAGGAGUUCGUGCAGUGUGCCGUGGACUCUCGCCUCCUCCGGAUGAACAACAAUGGGGGAAUGGACCAUACUAGAGAGGCUCCUGGAGGCUGCUGUCCAGCAGCACUCUACUAUGAUAGGAAGGAUCCUACUAACUGUGGUGGUGAUCUUCCGGAUUCUAAUCGUAGCAAUAGUUGGAGAGACGGUCUAUGAUGAUGAGCAAACCAUGUUUGUUUGUAAUACCUUACAACCUGGCUGCAACCAGGCUUGCUACGACAAGGCAUUCCCAAUUUCACACAUUAGAUUUUGGGUUUUCCAGAUCAUAAUGGUUUGCACCCCGAGUCUUUGUUUUAUCACAUACUCGGUGCAUCAGUCAGCGAAACAGAAGGAGCGACGGUACUCCACCGUCUUUCUGUCCCUGGAUAAGGAUCAAGAUUCAAUGAAACGAGAUGAUAGCAAAAAGAUUAAAAACACCAUUGUGAAUGGAGUACUUCAGAACACAGAGAACUCCACCAAAGAAGCCGAACCCGACUGUUUGGAAGUCAAAGAGAUCCCCAAUUCCGCCAUGAGAACUACUGGGAAGUCUAAAAAGAGUCGGCAAGAGGGUAUCUCGAGAUUUUACAUAAUUCAAGUGGUUUUCAGAAACGCGCUGGAAAUAGGGUUUUUAGUGGGUCAAUAUUUCUUGUAUGGAUUCAACGUCCCGUCGGUGUACGAGUGUGAUCGAUACCCAUGUAUAAAAGAUGUAGAGUGUUAUGUUUCCAGACCAACAGAGAAGACCGUGUUUCUAGUCUUCAUGUUCGCGGUCAGUGGUUUUUGUGUGUUGCUGAAUCUGGCAGAACUCAAUCAUUUGGGGUGGAAGAAAAUCAAAACGGCGGUGCGAGGAGUGCAGGCGAGGCGGAAGUCCAUUUAUGAAAUCAGAAAUAAGGACUUGCCUAGAAUGAGUGUGCCUAAUUUCGGUCGCACUCAAUCCAGUGACUCUGCUUAUGUGUAGCACAUGGAGAGACUUCCCGAAUGGACAAUGUGAGAUGUGUAAAGAUUAAAUCAAGAUGAACCCAGGAUGUACAGCUCCUCACACCACAUCCGUUUCAUGACUUAAACGAGUGGGCAGAUUUUUUUAUUUGUUUGUCUUUUAUGGACUCCAAUGGCAAGCCUGGAUUCCACGUUUGUUGACUUAUUACAUUGCACUGAUUCAACUUUGUAGUAGCGUUUAUACUCUGUAAAGCGCUACAUUUAGAUCAUGUCGACGUGUUCACGCAUUCACUCUUUGUGGGCUGAUCUACUGUACUUGAAGAGUGUAAAUGCAAAUUCCACUAAGAGGUGAACACCGGGGAGCCAAAUCUAACCCGAUACGUGCUAUUGACAGUGUUUUAAAAACAGUUUCAAACAGAUUUUUGACAACAACCUAUUUAAGAAACACAAUACACCGGUUGACUAUGUGUUCGAAGGAAAAUCUAUUCUCCAGAUGUAUAUAAGCAUAUGGAUAAAUAUAUAAAUCAAUUCUAGCUAGAUUGACCUAGUUGAAAUACAUUAGCAUCAUUCGUGUUUUUUGUUGCCUGUGUUCGCACCACUGACCUUAACGUAUGUAAUCAUUCCAUUGCUAUAUGGCUGACUUGCAAAACAGUAUCUGGUGGAUUUGCUGCAAACGCUAACGUCUGUGACUUCCUUAAUUUAUAAUACACCAAAGCGCCCACUGCUUUUAUUUGUGAAAAGUGUUUUCUUGCUUUUGUGUAAUCAAGUGCCAUACUUGUACAUAAACAUAUAUGUAUAUAUAUAUGUAUAUAU